AUGGUGGCAGCAACCAGACUCGCCGUCCUGCUGCUGGGCUGCGUGGGGCUCCUGCAGCCAGCCGGCGCCCAGUACAUAAACUACUGCCCCAAGGGCUGGUCCUACUACAAGCUCAGCUGCUUCAAGUACUUCCGUCAGCUCCGGACCUGGGAUGAGGCUGAGAGGCAGUGCCAGGACAGCCACCCCAGCGCCCACCUGGCCUGGGUGGAGGAGCCCCGGGAGGCGACCACCCUGCAGAUGGUCAUCUCCUACUACCAGCGUGUGCAGCCCGUCUGGCUCGGUCUCCGCUACGGGCACGAGAACCGGGCCUGGCAGUGGACGAGUGGGGACAAGUACAAUGUCACCAGUGGGCUGGCCAGGAACAGUGCCCAUGGGGGGACCUGCGGCAUGCUGACCCACCUCAACAGCUUCACCCUGUGGUCCAGCGCCGACUGCACCCAGCAGCAUCACUACAUCUGCAAGUUCAUCCCCUCACACUGA